AAAAGUACCCCACUGACCUACUACUUCCAGCAAGAUUGUGAAGUGUCUAUCCGAUGGAUACUUUGUUAUCCUAUGAGGCCACGGGAGAGGAUUUCUGAAUGGUAGUGGUUGAUCAGUCACAUGACAAUGCCAGCCUAGCUGUACUAUGUCCAGAUUAUAGAACUUACUUUUUUGAUAUUUUAAGUUCCUACUCAUUUUUGGAUGCAGAUAGUGAUUAAUCAGUGAAUUCACCUGAUCUGAUUGCAGCAGUCAACAACUCAUUGAUUCAUCCAGUUGGAGUACUGUAAGUCUCCACAGAUCACUGAUUUGAUUUUGUCCGAAUCAAAAUGAUCUCCAUAAUAAUACAUAUUAACAUCAGACUGAGCCUUAACCUAUUUAUGAUCUAGUCUAUCGGUUUGACAUUCACUAUAUUUAAUCAUGUAUUUUGAACAGGUGAGUGGAGUAUUUCAAAUGGCCAAAAAAUAUUUUUGGUACUUUCACUCAAGUAGAAAUGUAAAAGGAGUUCUUUUACUGGAGUGAUAUAUCAUCAGGAUAUUUGUACAUUAACUCAACUAUAGGAUUUGUGUUCUUCAUCUCUCAGUUGCCGUUCCAGCUAUCUUUGUAUCCUCUUUUUACUCAUGUCACAUGUAUUAUUUCAAUCUUCUAUUGUAUCAAUAAAAAUCUUUGAUACAAAGGAUUCUUUUUCUUCUUUGAUCUUGAGAUCUUCUUGGAUGUAGACCUUUUAUGAAAGCUUCCUUUACGAUUUCUCCCUGCUCACAUAGAACCACUCUUUACAUACAUAAUAUCUCAUCACCCCUCACUCUGUGCUGUGGGGGACAACACCUAAUUGUUCCAGAGUUUAUGUGUCUUACUCUCCUCUUCCUCAACAACCUUCUCUUGGCAAGCUCUCCAACAUCAGGCCCCUCUGCUCACACAAGAGCUUCUGGUCAUCCAGCUUUAAUAAAAUAAAUGGGGUUGGACUUACAUUUACCACUAUUUCUCUCUGCGCCUGUUUCGAUUGCACACAUCUGCCCUGCAGGUGUCUACACUCCUUCCUCUGCCUUACAAAACCUUGGCAGUUAUGGGAAAGAGGGGCAUGUUUCUACAUGUGAAAGGCCCCUCUGAUGAAUAGUUGCUUGAGUAGGGGGGAAAUUACAGGACAGAGCAUUCUUCAGUUGCCAGGGACUGAAGUAAGACUUGUACAUUAAAUCCUACCCUGAGCUGGUACUUGUCUGUUUGUGUUUGCCCUUUUUCCCUUCCAGUCUAGCAUGACAAAUCUUAAUGGUUUUUACUGCACAAUAAUUGUGUGCACACCUCCCCAAAUUUUUUCCCUCAUUGUAAGUAUAUUCUUCAGAAGAUUUUCAUAUCCAUAUGAUAUAUUGUACAAUACCUGGCAUCAGUUAGACAUGGAAAAAGCUGACUUUAAAAUAGUAGUAGCAUUAAUUCCCAUCACAAUUAUGCCUUUCAUUGCUUUGGUCAGUUUUAAAGAACAGUUGGAAUGUGGUAGAUGUGCAUCAUUAGGUACAGUGUAAAUCUAGCAGUGGUUGAGGUAAAAUCACACACUGGCCUAUAUACAGAAGCAAUGAGAGAACAGAUGUGCUGCUAUAAUUCAUAUGUGCAGCACAUUUAAUAGUCCAUUCAGCCUGCCCAUUGCUGCAGAGGGAAUGUAUGCUAGAUUAUGUCUUCAAAGAGGUGACAGAUUUCAUCUAAUUGCAGUUGCUAGCCUGGUUUAUUUUAAAACAUACACAACUGUUCAAAAGUUUAGGGUUGGUAAGAUUUUUGUUGUUAAAUUAAUACUUUAAUUUAAUAAUACCGGUACUUAAUAAUACUUUCAUCAAGGAUGCAUUAAAUUGAUUAAAAGGGACGUUAAAAAAGCCAAAAAACAACAAGAAAGAUGUUAGCAUUUUAGAAACAACAUUCACUUGAACUAACAAUAUUGUUGCCCUCUUUCCUUCUCUAUCCAGCAGUGCACUACAGUCAUUAUGAAUGGUCCCUUCAGUCCCAGGCGGGAACCAGGACCUGACCUCUCCUGUCUGCACCAGUACAACGAGUGGCUGGCGUGUAGGCAUGAGUCCAGUCUACUGCCCAUGAAAGAAGAUCUGGCCAUCUGGCUUAACAGAAUCUUAGGUUUGGAUAUAACAGUGGAUAACUUCAUGGACAGACUAGACACUGGUGUCGUCCUGUGUCAGCUUGCAGAGGCGCUACAGGAGAAGAUGAUUCUGGCCAGCAAUGGAAAGUGUGAUUGUGUGCCCUUUAUUCGGCGUGUGAUUCGCUGGCGGCCUGAUGCAACCUCUGGAUCGUUCUUUGCUCGAGACAAUACAGCUAACUUUCUGUACUGGUGCCGUAAAAUCGGAGUGGAGCAAUCACACCUGUUUGAAUCUGAAGAUCUUGUUCUUCAGAAGCAUCCCAGGGAUGUGUGCUUGUGUCUCAUGCAACUUGCGAGAAUUGCUUCAAGAUAUGGCAUUGAGCCACCUGCGCUGGUCAAGCUCGAGAGAGAGAUUGAGAAACAGGAAGAUGAGUCAUUGUCACCAUCCAUGUUCUUCGCCUCACCUCUGCCGUCUCCUUCCACCCCACCUGUUUAUUUCCCUCCUGAUCCAGAGCCCCCUCCAGUCUCAACCCCCUCAUCCAUCUCUCCUCUGGACUCCUCUCCCUCUCCUCCUCUGGCCCCUACCCCUCCCCCAGAGUCCACGUCCAUCUUCUCUGACUCAAACACCCAGUCAGAACCUCAGCAAACUUCACCAACUACACCGUCACCCAUCAGGACACCCAUCAAAUCAACACCACAAUCACCGUCAAACAGCCUUGUGAAGACUACUGGGAAAAAGAGCAGCGGUAACCUGCUAGAUGAGAUUGUGAGGCAGAUAUCAGAGGAUCCACCAUGCAAAUGUCCAGUCAAAUUCUGCAUUGAGAAGCAGCCAAAAGGCCAUUAUCGUGUUGGAGACAAAGUCCUCUAUGUCAGGAUGCUGAAUGAUAAACAUGCCAUGGUUCGUGUUGGGGGUGGAUGGGAGACCUUUGGUACUUACUUGUCAAAGCAUGACCCCUGUAAGAUGACAGAGAUCGCUCGGCCUGGAACCAAAACCUGCAAGCCUAACGGGAGGUCCCCAGUCAAGAGAGAGCUGUCCCGGGACAGUUAUCUGGUCGUGGGUACUCAUUCCCGCUUCAAGAAGUAAUGUGACACAGUAAAUGCUACUUCUGUUAAAUCAACAGCAGGCUUUUUUUCUAGGAGGGAAGCAGCCCGGGUGGCUUGAUCUUUUUUUUUUUUUUUUUUUUGUGAUGUAAUUCAUCUUUCUUCAGGGCAGUGGUCUUCAAACUUUUGGGUAGUGACUCAAAAAAAAUAUAUAAAGAGGAUGGAAAUGCUUUUGAAAAAGGGAGAAAACAAAAAACUAUGCAAGCUGAAAGAAAAUUGCUUACAUAUUCAGUUAAUGUUGCAUACUGAUGAAUCUAUACAGUACAUGAUUAUAAUAAUACAUUUUAAAGUUUAUUUUUAAAGAACAUUCUCUUUACUUUUGUAUGAUAUAAAAUUUUGAUAAUGUGCUGGGUCACCAUUUGAUGUAAAAUCUCGCCUGACACAAAAUAAUAUUGACCCAUAUGUUUUUUUAUAUAGUGUAUCUCAUACUGUAUCUCCUGGGUUUCGUUUACAGAUAUUAAGAAUUUUUCAUCUCCCUGUGUUUUUGUUUUCUUAUGUUAAAUUUUAAAAACAUAAAGGGCAGGAUCUCUGUUGAAUCAUUUACUGGAAAGCCAAUAUUGAUUUACUUUCCUUUUAUUCUAUUGUAACCUUUAAUUCUGAUUUAUGAGUGUUGUGCUGAUUGUUUGACUUUACAAAUCAUUUCUGUAGUGUAUUCUGAAUGAGGAUUUAAAGUGAACAUAUUCCACAAAGAUCCUCUAGAUGGUGUCCUAUUUCAAAUUAUUAACUGUAUUUCAGUACACGUGGCAUUACUGCAACAUUGCCUUUCUAUGUAAAAAUUCGUAUAGAAUAAUGUGAACAUAUAGCUAUACAGUAUAGAAAGUGUAUUAAACAUGACCCACCUGCCUCAUGCUUCCAUUCAUGU